UUGCGACCUUCACGCAUGGAGCGCAAGGUCAACUUUGAGGACCUGCCGUCGAUCCCGUCGACCGCGCGCGUCUCGGCGGGCUGGCGCCUCCAGCUGGCCUACUUUGUCUACUACGCCGGGUCGUCGGCAGCGAGCUACCUCGCGGUGUUUUUGCAAGACGUGGGCCACUUUAGCAAGGUCGAGAUCGGUGUGCUGCAGGCGAUUCCCAUGUACAUCAACGUCGUGGGGCCGCCGUUCUGGGGCGUCGCCGCCGACGUCGUCCAGCACCAGCGGCUCAUCCACACGCUCUGCAUUGCCACCGGUGCUAUCCUCAAUUUUACGGUCCAGUUUGUGUCCAACUUUCAGUUCCUCUGCAUUGUGAUUGCGCUGGCGGCCUUUCAAAACUCGCCCAACAAUGCGAUGCUCGACCAGCUCGCGCUGCGCGAAUCCGACUAUGGCCGCCAGCGGCUCUUCGGGUCGCUCGGCUACGGCCUCGGCGCCUACAGCCUGAGCCUCCUCAUCGCUACGUCCGGCAUCUACGUCAUCUUUAGCACGCAGCUCGCGCUCUCGUUCGCAGCGAUCGCGAUCCUCGUGCCCUUGCCGCACGUCGAGUACCGCAUCCAUGGCACGCCGAUGGUGCAGUCGCCAUCGCUUUCGACGGUCUUGGCUCCGAUUUUGCAUUCGACGUCGGUGCGGCUGCUCUUUCUCAUCGUGUUUGUCGUUGGCAUCGUCUUUGGCACGAUCAAUAGCUUCCUCAUGCUGUACCUCUUCAACCUCUCGGAGAAGAACUCGGCGAUCGUAGGCCUCGCGACGCUGCUUCAAACGUGCUCGGAGAUUCCCGUCUUCUUCUUCGCCGACGCGAUCGUCCGAACGUGCGGUAUUCCCAAGACGAUUGGCCUCUCGCUUCUCGCGUACUCGGUGCGCCUCUCCGUCUACGCCUUCGUCCCGAACGUCUGGGCCGUCUUGCCGUUUGAAGCGCUGCAAGGCCUCACGUUUGGCUUGAUGUGGACUGCGUUCACGACGUUCGUCAAGAGCAACUCGCCCAACUCGCAUGGCACCAUGAUGGGCAUUCUCAACGCCGUCCAAAAUGGCGUUGGGUCGGGCCUCGGCGCGUUCCUCGGUGGCUACAUCUACCAAGAGUAUGGUGCGUCCACGCUGUGGCAGACCGCGCUCUGCGGUAUCCCGAUCGCGAUGUGUUUGCUGCUCUGCUUCUGGAAGGUCACGGCGGACGAAGAAGCGAGCGGCGAGGCGGGCAUGCUCGAAGAAACCAUCACUGUCAACUACGGCUCCUUGUAA